AUGGGAGAACCCGACGACCCUUCUAUACGCAGCUUCCAGUCCAAGGCAGUGUCUGCACUUGGCUUGGGACGCAAGACAGUCACUCCAAGCCACGUUCUCCCGACCCACAACCCCCACCCGACCGCCCAUCCAGGCUUAGGCGGCGCCCAGGCCGACAACAACAACAACAACACCAGCAACGAGAAGCAUGCUGCCCCUGAACUCAAGACGACAGACUCCAGCAAUGGCAGUGCAAAUACCACGGGUGAUGGAAAUGCGUCUUCCACCAUAGAAUCUGGGAAGCGUCCCUUCUACUCACUCACGCGGGUCAAGAAUGGAACCCUCCGGUUCAUCACCCACACCAAGAAUGCCGUCACGCACAGCUGGAUCAAUGUCUUGCUAGUCUUUGUGCCGGUUGGCAUCGCCGUCAAGCUUGUCGGCUUGCAGCCCGAGAUUGUCUUCUCCAUGAACGCCAUAGCCAUAAUUCCACUUGCGGGCCUGCUCGCACAUGCAACCGAAGUUGUCGCCGCCCGCGUUGGAGACGCGCUUGGCGCACUGCUAAACGUGUCUUUCGGCAAUGCCGUUGAGCUGAUUCUCUUCAUCAUUCUGCUUGCCUCUAACCAGAUAGAGGUGGUGCAGGCCUCGCUGCUUGGAUCUAUCCUUGCGAACCUCCUCCUUAUCCUCGGUAUGGCAUUUUUGUUGGGUGGCCUCAAGUACCAGGAGCAGGUCUACAACAACACCGUCACUCAAAUGAGCGGAGUCAUGCUUGCACUAGCCGUUACGAGUCUUCUGCUCCCUACUGCCUUCCAUGCAGCCUUUGAGGACAAUGCCAUUGCCGAUCACGAGACUCUAUCCGUCAGUCGUGGCACGAGUGUCAUUUUGUUGCUCGUUUAUGGUCUCUAUCUUUUAUUCCAGCUCAAAAGCCAUAGAUAUCUCUACGCCAGCACUCCGCAGCACAUCAUCGAUGAAGAGUCCCAUCCCGGUGUUCUUGCUGGUGCUUUUGACUCGUCCAGCUCAGAUUCUUCGUCCAGCUCCAGCAGCAGUGACAGUGACGGCUCGUCGCAUUCUGAUGGAACAAUGAAGAAAAAAGCGAAGCGCAUGGUCAAGAGGCUUCGUCGCAAGUCCAGUGCUAGCUCCAAAGAUGGGAGUGCCCUUUCCGCUAUAAGCUCGCCAGACGGCGAAGUCAACCAGAGUCCUUUCGAGGCUGAGAGGGAGAGAAGCAACAGUGUCUUCACUUCUAACACUGGUAUGUUUGGAAAUCGCCGGCACUCAGUCGACGUUAUGAGUGGUGAUGAAGCGGACAACGAUCAGUAUGCGCCAGUCGUUCGUGACUUUGAAGCUGCCUCGCAUACCUCGCAAUCGAUCAUGAAGAAGGAGAAACGCAGACACAAGAAGAAGAAGAAGGACCGCCGUGACCGCAACAAAGUCAGUACCAUUCCUGAGAAAGAGGUUGCGCCAAACGAGCCUGCACCCAAGGUCACCUUUGCCCAAGAUAUUCAGCAAAACACGGCUGCUGCGACCAACCCGCGCAGGUACAAUCGUCCUGCACUUCCCUCUUUGCUUUCCAACAAUGUCUUCUCGAAUCCUCAGAACCUAGCCCCACUUGGCGGCCCUGCUCCGAACAUUCGCAUGGCGGCGCCUCGUGAUAACACAGUUCUGCGCACACCUCUUCGCCGUUCCAAGUCUCUUCCGGAUCAAAUUGGGCGAACAGCGCCUUACGCUAACGCAACCAAUCACCCUACGGUCUCACCUCAAGCUGCCUUGGCAUUGAACGAGGAUGACGAAGCUGACGAGGUUCCCGACAUGUCCAUUAAAGCGGCCAUUUUCAUGCUCUUGAUCAGUACUGGUCUUGUCGCCGUGUGUGCGGACUUUAUGAGUGGUGCUAUAGAGCCAAUGGUGGAAUCCUCUGGCAUUAGUCAAGCUUUCAUUGGUCUCAUUAUUCUUCCCAUUGUUGGUAACGCGGCAGAGCACGUUACAGCUGUGACGGUAGCCAUGAAGAACAAGAUGGAUCUUUCCAUCGGUAUCGCGGUCGGUUCGUCGAUUCAAAUUGCAAUCUUCAUCACGCCCGUCAUUGUCAUCCUUGGCUGGAUGAUGGGCAAAGAGAUGACGUUGUACUUCAACAUUUUCGAAACUGUUGCCUUGUUCGUUACUGUCCUGGUUGUAAACUUCUUGGUACUGGACGGGCGAAGCAAUUAUCUCGAGGGCAGUUUACUCAUCGCUUCAUACAUCAUUAUUGCACUGGCCAGUUUCUUCUAUCCUGAUGGCUGCGAUGCUAGUGCUAUUGGUGGCAAUGAAAAGCACUGCACUUGA